AUGAUGAACAAUGGGAUUAUAAAGGAGCUAGUAUCCUCCCCCUCAUUCGACGGGAGUAACUCCAGCGGUGCUACCAGCAGCACUGGUAGCAGCUUGAGCACCUUCAAUGCUGACCCCAAGAAAGGCAAGCGUGUCGGCGGCCAAGGGUUGUUGCUGAAGUUCCCUUUUUUUGCUUGUUUUGUUACGGCCGUGGCUGUUCUCCUGUUGGUUCACAGCGCCAAUCGUCAGGGUUUCAAGCGUGACUUUGGAGUGACUUCUAAAAAGAUUGUGGAUGCCUUCUUCUACGAGAGCCACCAAAAGGCAUAUGCCGUCCACGAUGCCAGCGUCACUGCAUCCAUGAUCGCGAUGCAGAAACCAACCAAGUGGAAAAGGAAGAACCCCGGAGAGUUGACUCGCAAAGGAGAGAUGGCUCCUAACGACGAGGCACUCUCCAUUUUUCAAGACCGAACCAAUGACAUGCAGCUGCUGGGACAAAUCGACGCCAUGAUGUGGUAUCCUGCUGCAGCUGAAACCCAUCAUGUUUCAAUGACCUGCGAGACGGAACGUGCC